AUGGAAAUCGGAGAGACAAACAAGGCCUGCCAGGAUUCUUCUCCAACCUUUGGAGAAAGAGGAAACGAAACGCAGGAGAACAAAGACCACAGAUCGCCGUCAUAUAUGAGCACAAAUUCCAAAAACGAAAAUACCUCCGUUGCGAAGACCCUUCUGAGAUGGCGCAAAUAUCUCAUUCUUCUUUUGACGCCGCUGCUGUUGGCACCGCUGCCCAUUGCAGUUCCUGGAUCGGUGAGAUUGUCUGUUUGUUACACUAAUCUUCUCCAAAAUUGUAAAAAUUCAAUUUGAUAAUACAAAACAACAAAAGCAGUCACCGCCAUCACUAGAAAGUGCUACCAAAUCAGUUAAAUAUGGUUACACUUUGGGGUUCUAUCCAUACCCUUUACUGCACUGGUUUACUAAAGGGCGUGAAUGUCAAGCUAAUUUAAAAUAAGAACAUCAUGCAUUUCAUUUCGAACCGUCACAUCGGCCUACAGCCGCCAUUGAGAGCCUGCCUUGACAGACAUAAGUGGAAGAAGUAUGUUCAGUUGACGUUAAGCAUAGGCUUUGAAUAUUGUAUUUGCCAUGGGUUCAACUAAAACAUUUGCCCAGUAGCUAAUUAACUAAUUGUAAUGAAGCUACCCAAGGGAUAAAUAGAGACCACGAAGUCAGCACGUUUGUGCGGAAUGAUUUCAAAAUGUUGUGUCGCGCGAGGAAGCCAGAAACUGUACCAUAUACGUGGUGGCCUAGCAUAUAUUAAGACAUUCUUCAAGUAAUUACUAGUACUUCAACUUAGAAUCUGUUUUCAUUAAUUAGAUAUCCUUGGUAGUAUUACAGUGUGCUCUCAUGUUUCAAAAUUGAAUAACGUUAAAGACAAUUAAUGUGAAACGUAUUUAUUGGCAAUCGCGAAGGAACAACGUUCAAAGAGAUAUAAUGUCUUUUGGACCAUUAAGAUGACUGCUCUAUUUACAACGUUAGCCGCGGUAAACAGAAGAUCAAGUCCUACUUGCAUUGUCUUCCUCAAUAACUUACCCAAUUUUAAUAUGAAUUGAGAAGUUAUCAGCUUUGCGCACUUUACUGUAUUAACAAUGUCAUCUAUUGACUGUAUGAACUCUUCAAACAAUGAAGAGAUAUUUAAAAUAUAUUAAGUUAGACCAGAGGGAAUGGUAAUGUUUAUCGUCAAGUGUUAUUUGUCUUUUGUUUAUAUUGUAUGUUCGUAUCACCCAAAUUCUAAUGGUAAUUUGUUGUUUCCAGAAAAAUUCUGCGAAGUGUCAGAGAAUUUUUUUUUCACACAAAAACAGAGUGAAGCAUCGUGUAGUUAACGCUACAUUUUACUGAGGGCUCUGUCCAGAGCCGUAAAUUGCAGUACAUGCGCAAUGAAUGGGGUAUUGCAGAUGAGAGAAACAUGGGUUAGCUGGAUCGCUCACUUACUUGCUCCAUUGACUGUAAAACGUUUAACUGAUUGUGUCGCGCAAGUGAAUGGUGAAUUUUUGUUAGAAAGUGCAAAUGGAUGUGCUGUUUUUCCUGACUUAGAUGAGACUUGAUUCCUAGAAAAGUUUGGGUAAAUUGAUGUUCUUGGUGUCAAAUACUCAAAGGCUCUUAGCGCGUAGAAAGACUUUGCUAUUUCUCCUCAAGCUUAACCAUUGUCUCGUAUUCCUUUUACCAGGAAGCACGAUGUGCAUACUGUAUACUCAUCAUGGCGGUAUACUGGGUGACCGAGGUUGUGGAGCUGGCUGUCACCGCUCUCCUUCCGUUGGUUCUGUUUCCGUUAUUUGGUGUCCUUGGAUCCAAACAAGUCUCUACUCCUUACUUCAAGGACACAAACGUACUCUUCUUGGGAGGCUUGAUUGUUGCGGUCGCCGUGGAGCAUUGGAAUUUACACAAACGAAUUGCUCUUCGAGUUCUGUUGAUGGUUGGUGCUCAGCCUCGAAGGUGAGGAUCUAAAUGGAAGAGGGUAGCGUCUGUGUUUGGAGGGGGGGGGGGGUGGAAGUUAAGGGUUGAAGGACAUCCAAUAACUGCAUCCUCACCCGUUUUCUCACGAAAUAAAAAUAUAAGUACGUUUUAAACGUACUUGGAGGAGAGGGGAGGGGGGAAUCGAAAGUGCCUGGAAAAUUAUGAGAAGGGUGACGGAGAGAAGGCUUUUUUCACUCUUCCCACCAUCCUAAGCACAGCUACUUAUAUCUGUUAACUUGAGAAACGGUAGGGUAUUUACCUGGUAACAUUGUGACCGUUUCACAGAGGGUAAGAUAGCGUAAAAGAUCACCCAAGGGAAAUUUACCUCAGGGUAACGUUUGAAACAGUAACUUGGUGUCCUCGCCCUAUAUAAGCGAAUCCAAGACAGUCUUGGAUUCUAGAUUCCACGCGGUGGAUUCUGGAUUCCAGGAACUGGAUUCCAGUCUUUGUCAGUGGAACUUGGAUUCUGGAUUGCAAUCCUUAGAGGGUUUCCGGAUUCCUUGAGCUGUAUUCCGGAUUCCAAAGCCCAGGAUUCCGGAUUCCACAAGCAAAUUUUCCCAGAUUCUGGAUUCCACAAGCAAAAAUUUCUUGAAUUCCGAAGGCAAUUGAUGGAAGGCAGGGAGUGAUGACCGCCACUGUUCAAUAUAGGGUGACCAGUAAAUACAGGUUAGACUGAUUCGAUUGAUCCAUCGUUCUUUGUAGCUUGAUGCUUGGCUUCAUGCUGACCACAGCAUUUCUUUCCAUGUGGAUAAGUAACACCGCUACUACUGCCAUGAUGGUGCCAAUUGUUGAAGCAGUGUUAUCUGAAAUUAAAAACGAAAGCAUCAAAAAUCGCUUGGAGAAAAACGAUGACGAAGACAGCAAAGCAGAUGAAGUAUGGCAAUAAACGUUAACAUGUGUAAUUUUUUAAGCCGUUAGUUCGUGGUGAAAGUACGUUUACUGUAAGGUCGUAGGGCCAAUAAACCAUCCGCUCAAAGGAAACAAGAAAUGCCCGGCUGGAAAAUUUACCCAGGCAGGGGGCUCCUGGCCCAGGAAGGUACUUCAUGUCUCCAGGCUCCGCCUUUCUUCCCCCUCCCAAGCUCCUCGCUCGCCGAUUUUUCAAUCCCGUUCCAAGGGCUUUUCCUUUCCAUUUAUUUUUAUUUUAUUUUCCAAGUUAGUGCUCUCCAUCUAUACUAUGAUUCUUAGCAAGAGGAUUCUUAGCCCUUUCUUAGGGAAAAAAGUCUUUGGGACGAGGUUACUGUUAUUUGGACCCAGUUAUUCGCCUUCUCUCCCCACCUAGGAGCCUGGUUCUAGGCUGGCCUCAAAAUGCUAAAGUCGACACGCAAUUUCCGAUCAAGAUACUGAAAACCUUACCCUUUGGUGUCGCACAUACCCUAUAAGGAGAAUUCCCCUCCCCCGGGACAAUGCACUAUUUUUACCUGUAGUAACUACAACGCAGUCUAUCCUGUUUUAAGGGAGCUGUUAGUAAUCAUCCCGAUCAUGUUCGGGAGCGUAUGAUGCUACAUUACGGUUUGAAGUGCAUUAUCGCAAGCCUGAGGGGCACACCUUGAUGUAGCAAUAAUGCAUUUGUGUUCUCUUGUCCCAUUUCUUAAUGAAGUCGUUGAAAGCUUAUUGGGUCUUCACAAUUGUAAUCUAGGUUAAAAUUUGAGGGUUUUCUAUCAAGAAUAACUACAUUUUUCACUAAAAAGCAUUCUUUAAUUUUCUUCAGUCUUCUAUAGAUUUACUUACUGCUUAAUGUACAUGUUGAACGGCCAGCCAACCAACUCGACUUGAGUAUCAGGCGAUCAAAUUAUCACCUCUCGGGUGCAAUACACUGAAAGGGGGAUAGGGCCCCGGGGGGACUCCGCAUAUGAAAGGGGUGGGGAUGCUCGUCGUCUCGCUUAGGGGUGUAAAUUUCGGAUUUUGGUCUCACUUACAUGUAGGGUGUUCUGGGCAAAACGACAUCUUAUUUAGCCGUGAAGGUCUCGUGUAGGGUUGCACGCGAAAAAAUAUAAAAAUAUAUAUAUUGUCUGAGUUUUAACAUGGUCUCUUUUAGGGGUUAAAAAAAGCUUGACCACGCCCAGAUCGGUCUCCUUUAGGGGUUUAAUUCAAAAUUUCCGACGAGCAUCCCGAUCCCUUUCAUAUGCGGAGUUCCCCCCUAAGGAGAGGGCUAGCAUAGGGAGGUAAACUUGUAACUGAUAAGGAAAGUGAGUCAUGCUUUGCGACUUUAACUGGGACAAGUAAAUCGAGGCUACGAACAAUGAUGAAUAACAUUCGUCUGGCUUUUCUUCUCACCUUAUCAUGCUCUAGCUUGACGAAGUCGUCCCUCAUAAUGGGAGUUAUCAGCUUGGAGAUUUAAACGAAGAACAGGAAAAAGAAGAAACGAAGACAGUAACAGUCCAGGAACCUGAAAUCCACAAAGCCGAGGGUGAAGCCAAUGGUAACACUGAAGCUAGACUGCGUUACCAAAAGGAUGAACGGUACAGUUUAAUAGGUCCGCUCGGUCCAGCUGUUAAAAAAGCCCUAUACGAUCAUCAUGCGCAUUGUCAACACCCGAUAAACAGUCAAGACAAUUUUUACCAAUUUUUCGUUUUGUCUUAUAACCUUUACGUUUGUUCAAACAAUGUUGUUCCGUUGAUUCAGACGUCGAGCUUAUUAGUCGGACUCAAUUCAUUUUCACGAUGUUCAAUAAUAUGUGAAAAUAGUCGUAAGUAAAUAGAAAGUAGUAAUUUAUGCAUUAGUUUCGGCAUAUGAGAAGCUAAAAUUGGUAAAAAUGUAGUUAAAUUGUAUCAAUUAUUUUUUUCAAACGUAGGCUGCUUCUACAACCUCUCAGAGUAAAUAGCUGAGACACUUUUUAAAUUUCACUCAUCUUCCCCCAUCAUUAAGCUCAGUUAAAAAUCGCUCUUCCUUUAUGAAAGGGGGAUCUUAAUUUGCCCGGGAACCUUUUUGGGGUGAGACUGCAAAUUAUAUGUGACUAUUAAUAGAAAUUUGUACCGCGCAGUUUCUACGAAAAUAUUCAACUGCGCAUAAGAGGAUCUGAAGUGCAUUGUUGAAGGACUAACCGAUGCCUGUAAUUAUUUCAGUACAAAACAGUACAAUAACGUAAAACAAUAUGAACAACAUAUUUACUUAAUUUACCGAUAAUUUUCAGAAUGUCUUCCGUAAAUUUAAUGCGAGAUGAAGAAGAGGUAGAGGUGAGAAGUGUUCUUUUCUGUUAAGGUUUGAUGACUGUGCACGUUUUCAGCUAACUUUUAUUGUUUAGUCUGGAUUACCUCCUUUGGCUAGGGUAUAGAAAUCAAUUGGUCGGGUCGUGUGACUCUGGAACACUAGAAAUUUAUUUUGGGCGUCGUAUACCGCCGGAAAUUUAAACACUGUGCAAGUCCCCCAUUUUUUGAAAUAAUUCUGGUCAUUCUGUUAAAAGAUGAAUAGGUAGUAACUUAAAUAUUUAUUUCUAUCUUGGCUGCUUUUUCUUACAGAGUGGCGAGACACAGUAUUACAACAAAAUGUGUAAAGGAAUGAUGCUGUCUAUCGCGUACGCUGCCAAUAUCGGCGGUACAGCCACCCUGACGGGAACUGCCCCAAACCUAGUGUUUAGUGGACAGGUUACAAGGCAAGUCUUUCCAUUGUUUAUUAUAACUUUCAGUCAGCUAGAGCGUGGAGUUUGAGAAGUUAAUUAAUUUUUUUUUUCAGUUUUAGCAAGAGAGAAUAGAUCAUUCUCUCUUGGUUUUAGCUUAGCACGUGGCUAUGGUAAUUGUGACUGACUAGAAUAUUUCGAGUUUCAGCUUAUAAGCAAUGUAUCGAAAGCCUCCCUUUAUAUCGACUAACGCCAGUUAUUGGCUCUAUUGUUUAUAUGUGUUUUUUGUAUUUUGCCAGGGUUAUUGAUUUACCUUGGUUUUGCGGUAUACUCCCCAAGAAGCAAUCUUCAACUAAAAAGCGCUCCCAGCAAACCAACAAUUUGGUCUUUGAGAUAGUCAUUUGCAAAACAGCGCAUAAAUCUCUAGCCUUCUUGUGAAUGAGCAGGGGUAGUAAGAAAAAGAAGUGAUUCAAAGGAGAAAAGCUCUACAAAUCUUUUUGUCCGAUUUUAUUUGGAAUGAGUACUACAGCAAUUUCGCGUUUCUCAUGGAUCAAAGAUAAACGCUAAUUUGUGAACGGAUCUUUAUGUGGUGGAAAGGUUAUACGACUUACCUUUCCACUGUUGAGGAAGUAUGUCUUAUGUUUUAUUUUUUCAUUAUUAUAAUAUUUUACUGGCGAAGUUUGCCCCAAGAGUAACAAAAACUCAUCAGGAGGGCUCACGUCGAAUAAAAAAAUUGCAAUUAAUAGUUUUGGUCUAAAGCGGCAGCAAAACAAAACAUAGAUAUAUUUAGGUAUUUUUAUGAAAUCUCUUCGAUUAAGAUAUAAAAGACUGGACAUGAAAAAAUAAAUCAUUAUGUUUUUUUUUUUCAGUAUCUACCCAGAUAGUCCCGGCUUUGGCUUCGCCGCUUGGUUUGGUUACGCGUUUCCUCAGAUGGUGAUCCUCUUGUUUGUUGCAUGGGUCUGGCUUCAGCUGUUGUUCCUCAAAAUUAAGUAUGCGCUACAUUACUUCCUUAUUUAAAUUUCAUUGCCCAAAUCGUUAAGGUUGCUGAGGCUGUGCAGCUGAUCUCACAACGACUAAAACGCGCAUCCAGCCUUGUGAAUUAUGUUACUUGAAGGGUGGUAUAAUAAUAGUAGCCUGAGAAAACAGAUGACAUUUUGCAACGCCACCACUCGGGUUUACCCGCGUUAUGACGCCUGAGGCCCGGUUUAGACGCCGCUCCACUUGUGUGCCGUACCAAACUUAUGAAUUGAGUACGGCAAGAGAGCGGUGUCAAAUUGGUACGGUAGUUUUAGUUUGGUGCGGCAACAGCGUAAAGUUGGACAGAGUCUGUCGAGCUUUUGUCCAACUUAACUUAGGCUCGACACACGGUACGCCGUCUGAAUCAGAUGUCGCGCCAGUGUCGCUACAAAGUCGAACUUAUUAAAUAAGAAGGCUCUUACAGCGGCUUUCAGUUUCGCUUGCCUGGAGAUUAGACCGAGAAAUGAGGAGGCGAUUAAUUCUACACGAAACAAGAUGUACUAGCUAAAGGUUUUUUACUUCCUACUUUAUCGACGUCGAGUAUUGUGCAGGAUAUUGAUUUAGUAGGCGUGUUAGCCACGACCGGAAAUAGUCUGCGAUCGCAGGCUAUACGCGUGUAUAAGUCCAGAGAAAUUACAGCAUUGCCAAAGAUCAAAAAAGUGAUUCACAUGGCAAGUCAUUUCAAUCAUCGCCGAAAAUAAACCGCAUGCUCAUCACAAGAUGCAUUUGCAUACAAUGAAAGUUUACAACAACCGACCAACGCAGCUUUGCUAAUUAAGAUUCUUCUUAUUUUUUUUUUUUUCGACCACUCAGUAGUGUUCACUUGUUCCAAGGUAAUCAACGCUUUCAAAAGAUAGAAUUCGUGCACCGACACGUUUCGGAAAAGCUCUGAAUUUAAUCUUUCCUAAGCUUUCUUCGCAAAACAUGUGUGGCUUCGGUCACGCAACGAUUCUUAACUUAUUCCUAAUUUCCACGGUCUCCGUUAGGAACGCCUGGCACCAUGACUCCCGUAUUGUGUCAUAAAUACGAAGAAAAACGGCUUGCAGAUUAUGAGUCUCGCUGCUUACGCAAGCGAGACUAAUUAGGUUCGGCACAUGAAAAGUACGGCGUCCGACCAUGCUGAUGACGCUUUACUACCUUUAUCUGGAUAGUGCAUAUGAUUGGUUGAAAAUUCGCUUCAUCCAAUCAGAAGCACUACCCAGAUCUGGGUAGUGACGCGUCAUCAGUAUGGAAUUUCUGCCCUCGUUCCUUAGAAGUCAUUACAUGGAGAAACCAGUGGCGGCGUGGCCAAUGUUGGCUGUGUUCUAGUAGAAUUUAUGCCAGGUACUAUUAUGUGUUCUACCUUGUAUCGCAUACAAAAUAUAGAGUGCAAAGUAUCUUAGGAAAGACCGGUGCAGUGCAUUUUACCUAAGACACAACCCGCGCCGCUUAACAACUUUGAGGGACGGGGACGAGAUAGCUUAAUAUUUGCCGCCUUGUUAUCCUUUAAGCCCCAAUAUCCAUAUACAAAUUGUCCAGGUUGAUUUCCACCCAUUUCCCUAAAGAUAGUUGAGAGAAUUUUCAAAACAUCAAAGUAAUUUCCCUUUGCUGGUCAUUUUAUUAACUGAAUUCUCCUAACCUUUUCUUCCCGGCUUGAUAAUGUAUGAAUAUGUUGAGGCAAAAAUUGAUGUUUUUCCUUUUUGUCACUAAAAGGGAUAAAUAUACUACUUAUUUUAUGGGAUUUAUUAAAAGAAAAAGAGAAGUGGAAUUCUUCAUGAUUUUUUAUUGUCUUGAUCACUGAGGAGUGAAAGGAAUUAUUAAGUUGUUCAGGGAUGAUUUUUUCGUUGUAGGUAAUUUCACUUAAUUGAGUUCACGUUCCUUGUGUUACAGUUUCCGUAGAUGUUGCCGUUGUUUCUGCUUGUCGAGGUCAAAGAAGAAGGACCAUUCGGCGCAGGCGAUCAAAAUGGUUUUGCAGGAACAGUACAGAUCCCUUGGACCCAUGUCGUAAGCACUUUAGAGUACAGUCGAACCCCUUUAAUACGGGAACUGAGAGGGCUGUCCGUUAAGCGGUGUUUGAAUGAAGUUUUAAUUACAUUUACAUCGAGUGUUGCUAAACCAUUGAAAAUAUACAGUAUACUCGGUGUCAAGUGAUAGGGCGACUGGCAAAAGAAAGUGCCAUGAGGUUUUAGCCAUUACUUGUCCUCCUUUCGGACAUUAGUGUUGAUUUUUCAUAAAAACAGCACGAGCGAAAGAAAAAGAAAUUCAAGCGCGCUUUAAUAUUACUGAUAGCUACUAAAUUUAUUCUGAAGGAACUUGUAGUAAACAUGCUACAUAAUCUGACUGAGCAGAGCUACCACAAUAUACCUCAAGGGUGGAUUCAUUUUCUGCUAACCACAGAAUAACUUUAAAGACUGAAAAGUAUAGAAUUUAGCAUAAUAUUUUGCUUUGACAGGUUUGCUGAGAAAGCCGUUCUUGGACAUUUUAUCAUGCUGGCGUUACUGUGGCUGUUUCGUGAUCCCAAAUUCAUUAAGGGAUGGUCCAUAAUAUUCGAAAAAGAGUAAGAUUAUCUUUGGUUAGUUUGGCCUUGGAAUGUAACACAUCUUAUGAACCCAUUUUUUAAUUUUAUUGAGCGCUUGCCGAGCAGUCGAUAUUUUUUCCUCGGUUCAUUGGGGAACGCGUGUCAUUUAUGCGGAUCAAAUGUGGAUUAGAUUUAAUAAAACGGGGAGGGUGUGGUCUGCUUCGCCGCUCACCUGGUUUCUCUCACUCGUGGACGUUUUCUCUUGUUUAAAGAACAUUAGAAAAAUUAAUUCUUUGACACUGUCACUCGUAGAUUCAAUUUGUUUCAAGAAUGCAAUGCUUGUUGAUGAUAAGUUUAAGAAGGGGGAAGUUAGGUAAACCCUGGGCCAAAUCCCAGCCCUUAGAAACAAAUGAAAACUACGUUACCCCAGAAGGAAAGUUUAAUUAUUGAUAAUAGGCUGGUUUAGCAACAGGACGGGAACGUCAGUUGGCGACGGGAAAGCGCGCGGAAAGGACUAAACACGACCUCCGGUGCCCAAUUUGCCGCUGUACCAUUGGUCAAGCCAGUUGUUUUAUUUGCGUGCGCCGUUAUCAACUAACGUUCCCAUUCUGUUGCUAAAUCAGCCUAAUUAUUAAAAUAAUGGGAACAGGUUGCACAGCUAGUUAGCAAACGAUCCCUGUGAUACCAGCGCAGUGUUAGAGCCCAGCCUUCUUAAUGUUAAGGGAGUUGUGGAUGAGUCAAGAGCAGUACACGAAGUAGACUAUGUAUGACUAAUUAGUUUUUUCCUCACAAGUCGUAAAAACAAACAAAACACUUUAAUUGGCGCGCGGAAGGUAAAGUUACGAAAGGAGACACGACGCGAAGGGAGAGGAAAAUUUGACUUUCAGUAGCAGAUCGCGUCUCCUCAUAAGAGGCAAGCGUUCGCCCUUUCGUGCGCUUAACUCGUUCUUCUAUCUCUGCGGAAAAAAUAAAUGGCUAACCGAAGUCUUCACGAGAAUGUGACCUCAUCCCACGCUGACUUUUGAUCUUGUCUAAAACCAAGGAAAAUCGUAAACGCCGGGAAGAUGCUAUUGCCAUUUAAUUGGUUUUCUCUUUUUUUUCUAUCCAGUUACGUUCGUGACGCUACGGUGGCUAUGAUAAUUUCGUUUUCAUUAUUUGUGUUCCCCUCCGAGCGACCAAGGAUCUUUGCUUCCGAUGGUUCAGGUGAGAGCGGAAAAGAAAUGUGGAAUCUCUGGCUAGUUAGUGUUCCUUUGAUUAAUUGUAGUGCUACUCAAAUUGUAGGUUGAUUUACAAUACACUGUGGCGACGGAACAUUCGAACCGAUCCAAUCCAGACUUCAAUCCCACUUUUGAGGCAGGUGCGCACAAACAAGGUGUCGCCAAUAUAUCCCUUUUCAGCCUCCAAAGAAAGUCGCGUCCGGCGAUAGCCCGGGGUUUAUGGAUUUUGUGAUCGGGCUAAUGAAUUCUGUUUUUAACAUGCCUCAAGGACAAGUGAAGUUUUGAAAUAUUAGUAAGAAAAUUUGUUUAAAUUCUUAACAAAUUUAAAAAGCUGUUUUCCAAGCCGAUCUAUUAAAGAAGUAAAAUUAGACGUACAAUUUUUCUAAUAAAUUAAUAAGCCGAGGGUAACCUGCGAAAACAGUCGGUUUCUUCUCGCGAAACGUCCCCAGGGGCGAAGAGCGAGGAGAAACUGACGGCUGUUUUCGUAGGCUAUAAUGAGGGUGGUAAUGAUAUAACUAAUAAAUAACAAUUAGCUAAAAAUACGUGAAUCGCAGAACCUCGCGAAGAAAGAUCGAACACAAUCGUACAGACAUUAAAAAAGUGCGCACCUUAGGGUACUACCGUCAGAGGUUGAUAAAUGUUAAAGUUCAAGUUAGAAAUUUACAAAACCCAAGCAAAUUACCUAUGUGUGUAAAUUACUAUGUACGUUACAGACUAUUUUAUUCGUGCGCACUCGUAUUUCCACAUCAUAGUAAAAGAAAACUAUUUGGUUUGAAGACAGAUGCCUUAGUUGUUUGUCUUUAUUUUCUUGAUCUUCUUAUUUCGCUAUACUGGUAGUUAUGCAGAGAAUGGCCAUACAAAACCCUUGCUUAACUUACUUUUACCACUUUAUAGCGAACAAACCACCACCUGGCCUUCUGGAGUUCAGGUCGAUGCAAAAAAAGCUUCCAUGGAAUAUUAUUGUGCUACUUGGAAGUGGAUUUGCUUUGGCGGAAGCGUGUAAGGUAAGAAAUAGUGGUGCUGAUUUGAUGGGGGUUUUCAUUAGCUGUUUUCCUUAUGUGCGUGCAAAGAUUGCGGGUAUAUAUUGCCAGUAUAUGUUUAAAAGGUCUAUUCUAAAAUUUCCUGUGAAUCCUUAGGGGGGAGGGGAAGGGGACAUAAAGCCGUACGGAUUCUAGGAAUUAGGUUCCCGUGCGUCCUCUGUUGCCCCUUUCCUCAGUUCUUUUCGAACAUUUGCAAUGCAGGCUUGCAACUGAAAAGAAAAAUUUUUGUUGUCACUGUCUCUUAAUUGUUUGUAGUUUUACCUCGUGAUUUAAUUAUCUGACAGGUGUCUGGCUUAUCCAAGUGGGUUGGAACCCAAUUAGCCUAUCUUGAUGCCAUACCAAGCUAUGCAAUCGUCAUUAUCGUCUGUGUAAUGAUUACUACAUUCACUGAGGUCACCUCCAACACAGCUACAGCCACCAUCUUCCUUCCAAUACUGGCAUCGCUUGUGAGUUUGUCUUUUAGCUUAUUUGUGACUUCUUCUUACUCUGAACUCGACAAAAAUGUUAGUUAAAUGGAAAUGAAAUAGCGAAAAGGGGAUAAACUGUUUAACUGAAGAAAUAAAAAGUUAUUAAUAUCAAGGGUAUUUUUUGAUGUUCAACAACCUGAUGAAGGGUUGAGAUUUUUGCACUUUUCACGCUCUUUGCAAGUAUGAUUUCUAAUUUUUUUGUACUGAUAAAUUAAGUGGAUGCUUUAUUAGGAGACUUUUACAGCGACCGAUGCAGGGAUAUUUGAUAGAGGGGGUCUAGAUGUCUACUCAAUGGCGAGCUAGAACCUCCCCAAAGCGGGCCUCUGUGCGACUAUAAGAAGUGUCCACUAAGAAGAGCUGUACGCAUAAGAAAUGUUAUGUGGAGCCUGCGUCUAAGGGUUGCUUUUAACUCACCUCGGCAGUUAAGGUCACCUGAGAACGGCCUUUGGAUCUGACGGCUAUGCCAUUCUUACUGAAGAGCCCAAAUAAGCAGAGGGUGGGCUGAAACUGCCGCGGUGUUUAUGGCUAUGCGCAAAAGCUACUAACCACUCAGUCAGUAGGCUCCGUGUUUUGGUACCUGAGUGUGUCACUUGUUUUAAGGUUUCUCUUGAAAAUGCAGCUGUUGUAUAUCGCUGGGACCAAUGUGAUUUUGUAUGUAAUACCUAUCAGAAACACUAUUUUUUUAUAUAUCUUUUAUUCAGGGAGAGGAAAUAAAUGUCCAUCCUUGGUACCUCAUGCUUCCUGCUGCUAUCUCUUGUUCGUUCGCCUUCAUGUUGCCCGUCGCUACUCCACCAAAUGCAAUUAUAUUUGCCGGUGGACACCUCAAAGUCAAGGACAUGGUAUGUAUAGAUUGUAAUCAAAGAGGUUUUUUAUUGACUACUCAUUAAAAUAAUUGAUUUGAUGUCGCCUUAAUCCAUUACAGCGCCCACCAAAAUAAAGCCAGUGGUUCUUGGAAUGGUCUUUCAUAAAGGUCCCAUUCUUUGGAACUUUAUGACGGUGUUGGCUUCACUGUCUUUGUCAUUAGUUUACUGAAUUCCUAGUUACUAUCGUGGCUCCUUUGCUUUUGCAUUGGAAUGUUUUGUGACUGGCUGCUAAAAGAAUCACACCAUGGUGUUAACCAAUCAGAAAUCCAGCCAAAGCAAAUUAUAACUUGUGUGCACGUAGUGUUUUCCUCCCCUUAGCGCCGCCUAGCCAUCUGAUUGGUUCAUUGCGUAUGAAUUGUCUGUGCUUGCUGUUAUCGGCCAGGUUAAUAAAAAAUCUCUCUAAAGCAAAGUAAAAUUAAAACACACUCUGAUGAAAACUGGCCCAAUCGCAAAGUCAACUGAAAAACGAUUCAAAUACGACUCUUUUCUUUCGUCAGGCAAAAGCUGGUAUCGUAAUGAAUGUCCUAGCCGUGACAGUGCUGAUAAUUUGUGUCAAUACCUAUGGGGUCCCUAUGUUCGACUUAAAAACUUUUCCAGACUGGGCUGGAAAUGCUGCGAAAACUGGAGGAGGCCCUGGUACCAGCUCCAAUGUCACGUUGGUAUGUCACAACGUGACAACUGCAAUCGCUAAUCUCACCUCAUCAUAGCCUGCGCGCGUAUGUUUCGUAACACGUGACAGUAACUGCAGCUAUGAACACACGGAAAUAUCAUUGCUGUCAUUCCCAAUAUUGAAUUCAGUAUUUGAAACGAGCGGUAGUUUGCCCUAGAUUGUGAAUUGAAUGAUUUGUAUUGAUGUAAAUAAGCUAACGCCUGUGUUUAGCGUGAAUUUUUUAAAUAUUUACAUAUUUUAGGAUGAAUGGGUCAAUCACGUCUUUUUAAUAUAAAUGGGUUGAUUAUAUGUUGUGUUAUUUUGGGUAAAAAGCACAUACUUGUCACAUAACAUCAGUCAUUAUAACUACAAUGACCUGUUUUUAGUAGUCGGCAUCGGGUUUUAUUACUGUGCAAUCUGUAAAAAUAAAUAUAUAGGCUCCAGUAAUCUCCUACCCAGAUCUUUUGUCACAAGAGAUGUGGGUACGAGAUUAAGGCUGCAGAUCCAGAAAUUCUUUCAAUUUUUCCACAACUCAGGAACUAAGUGCUUUAAUAGAAAACAACCCUUUCAAAAUUUUCCGUGUUGUCUACCUUUCACUCUUUCAGUGGUAUGUAAGCGAUCUACCUUUAAAUUUGCACGUAAUACAGCUCAUUCAACAGGCUCAGCUCAUUCGAGAUCUCUCCACUGUGCCUGUGACGACCCAGAUAUUUCGUUACGGAAUCUUUUUUUCAGUUUUCAUAAAGAUAGGUGAAUCCGAAGAAACUCAACUAAGUGUUGUCGCUUGUUAAUACGAAUUCUUUCCAUUGGGCGCGCUUUGCAAUUGUCCACUUAGACAGAUUUUUCAAGGCUUCCUAAAACGGGGUUUACGACUCAUUUUCGACUCCGAAAAUAUGGCAACGAGAAGGAGAGACUCACUGAGAAAUGGCAAAUCUGUGCUGAACAUUUUUAGAAACCAACACAUAUUGGAACUGCCUGUAAAACCAUACACUGUAGCAGACUAACUGCCGGUCAUUCGACCUCUUUACCAGUGAACCGGGUUAACAUGUAGAUAAGGGAAGAGGGCAUGCAAACAGAGAAGAAGCAUGAAGUUUGUGAACGUGGAUUUUGAAGUUUAGUUUACUUGAGCGCUUCCUCCUUACAGUAAAGAGGGAGAACCGAGCAGGCCGCUAGAUGUGAUUACGAUUUUAAGGGAG